AUGACUAGUGGCCUUGUGGGCACAGAGGCGCGGUUGUUACGGAGACUUAGGUCAGCAGUCGCAUGGCUGACGAAGCUUCUACGAAGUAUUCUACUGGCUAUCUGGUAUUGGGAAGAUUCAGGAUUUAUGCUUCGUGUAAAGGUGAUUUACAAUGAAAGUGAUUCAGCUGGGUAUGAGCAUUUUAGCUCGGUAACUAAUUCCUUACAGGUUAUUAUGUGUGAAUCAGGUGGCAUGCCGCCACGGCGCAUGGAGUCACUUCGACAACAUCAAGCAGAUAAGUUGGAAGAGUUUCUUAAAUUUGGAGAAGCCUAUACGGGGCAAGAUAUAAAGCGUGACUUUCUAUAUCAUUUUGAUAGAUUUGCAGUGGGAAAUCUUUUGAGCCAGAAUCAAGAAUUUGGAUUUAUUUUUAUGUUGCACUUGAUGUUUAAGGUGUUGUUAUUUACAAAUGAAUUGAACAAAGCUUUACAAAAGAAAGAACAAUAUAUUGUUAAUGUUAUGGGAGUGCUUUACCUUGCGAAGAAAAGAUUGCAAAUGAUGAGAGAAACUGAAUGGAACUCUUUGUUGGAUGAGGUGUGCUCAUUUUGUAGUAACCAUGAUAUUCUAAUUCCCAAAAUGGAUGAAGACUAUACUCUAGGAAAGUCGAAGAGUAAGAGGUCCGAAGUUUCAUAUUUACAUCACUUUCGUGUGGAAGUAUUUUAUACGGUUAUUGAUUUGGAAUUUCAAGAGCUUAAUGAUCGUUUUGAUGUUGUGACUACUGACUUACUACUUGGUAUGGCCAGUUUGAAUCUGAUUGAUUCAUUUGCUAAUUUUGAUAAGGACAAGAUAAUGAAGUUGGCAGAGUAUUAUCCAAGUAAAUUUGGUGAUAACAAACUUCGAGAACUCGGUUUCCAAUUUGAUAGUUUCACUGUCUAUGCUCAAAAGUGUGAUAGCAGAUUUCUUAACCUGAAGGGGAUUAAGGAUUUUGCUAGAGUGAUGAUAGAGAAAAAAUAG